AUGACUACGCAAAUCCUCCGUCGAAAUGUUAAGAUCCUUGUGAUCAACCCGAACUCAUCCCAAGCUAUGACGAGGGGCAUGGAGAGGGCCAUCCAGGGAAUGCCCUUGCACGAUUCCCUUGAAAUACACACUUAUACAGCACCACCUGAGAGCCCGGCAAGCAUCAAUGACGAUGCGGAUAUCCAGCUCAGUACUGAGGUCGUGCUCAAGGACCUCGCCAAUAGCGGGAAGCUCGACCAGUACGACGGUGUGCUCGUGGCUUGCUACAGUGUUCACACGCUCGUCCAUAAGCUCUCUCAGCAGUAUCACGCUUCUCUGGCUGUCACUGGCAUCUUUGAGGCAAGUGUACUCACCGCAACGUCACUCUUACCUCACACGUCUCCCGGCUCUGUCUCUUCGAAAUGGGGCGUCGUGACUACUGGCAAGUUUUGGGAGAAGCAUCUUAGCGACGGCGUGAGACAUUACCUCGGCCAGUCUGUCGAUGCGGAUAAUGCCAAGUUUGGCGGGGUCAUGUCAACCGGUUUGACUGCCGGGGACUUCCACCACGUCAGCCCGGACGAGGUCAGGGCCAAGCUAGAGCAGGCGACGAAGCAGCUGCUCAACAGUGGGGAUGUUGGAUGUGUGGUAAUGGGAUGUGCCGGUAUGGCUGGCCUUGAGGAAAUCAUCCGUGCCUCGGCCGCUGAAGCCUACGGGAAGGAAAAGGGCGACCAGGUCUUUGUCGUCGACGGCGUCAAAGCCGGAAUUUUACAGCUCGAGCAAACAGUCAGAAGCAGAAGAUUAUUCCAAACUUGA